AUGAUAAUAAUUAAAUCGAAUGCAUCAUUUCUUUAUAAUACAAUUGAUAAUUCAAAAACAAUCUUCGAUUGUUUUUAUGCUCAUAUAAUUAAUCAUCGUAAUCCAGAUGAAAACGUUUUUUUUCAUACAAAUAAUCUAAUACCUUAUUGUCGACGUCCGUCAUCAAUCGAUCCCAUUAAUAAAAUACAAGGAUAUAUAGAAAAUACAUUCACAUUUAAAAAUUUACGUUUACAAGGAAUUACGAGUGAAGAUCUUCUACAAUGGUCAACAUCAAUUGAUAUAAUUGAACAAUAUUCUAUAUAUCUCAUUAAAAAUAAUACCGGAUUCGAUGAAUUUAUUUUUAAUAAUUGUUCAUCAUUAUGGUUUGGUUCGAAUUGUGAAUAUACAUUUAAUCUGAGUAUACCUAUCGAAUCAUUUGGGGAUUUCGUAAACUCUUCAUUUGUAGCUCGUAGAAACUAUACGAAUAAAAUAUUGAUCCAUACUUGUUAUUCUCAUUUAUCUGGAUGUUAUCGUGGUCCUGAACCGAUGUGUUUAGAUUGGCGUGAAAUAUGUGAUGGAAAAAUUGAUUGUAUUGGAGAUAGUUUUGGUAUCGAUGAAGAAUAUUGUAAUGAACUCGAAAUAACUGAAUGUAAUGAAAAUGAAUAUCGAUGUCAUAAUGGAGCACAAUGUAUUCCACUCGAAUUCUUUCGUGAUGGUCGACCAAGUAAAGAUUGUUUGGAUGGAACAGAUGAAGCAGACGUUUUUAAGCAGAAUGAAUUUUGGGAUAAUGAACCGUUCCAACCUUCAACAUGCAUCGAUUCAAUGCUAUUCGCUUGUGAAGAGAGAACAUGUCGUCAACCACAUGCAUUUUCAUGUGGCGAUGGAUACUGUCUGCCACUUGAUCCUGGUUUUAAUCUUGUUGAUCAUAAGCCACUUGGAUGUUCAGGUACAGGUCGUACUUCUUACUACAGUCAAGCAAUUUAUAAAUCAGCCAAACGAUAUCUAAAUGAUUGUUAUCUUUUAUUAUUUUGUAAACUCGGUUUUUAUGACAUUCUCAAAAAUGAUACAUACAAUAUAACAGAUUGUUCACGUAACAAUUUGUUAUCAAAAAAUUGUACAUUAGAACAUAUUCCAUUUCCUCUUGAACCUAUUUUUAAUGGUUAUUUUCAACCUAUUUAUUCAACUCAACAUUUGAUCGAUAGUAAUAAUGAUAGAGUAUGGCCAUUAUAUAUCUGUAAUAAUCCACGAUUAUGUUUAUAUUUGCCAAAUACAACAGAUCGUAGAAAUGGUUUAGCUUGUCGUUCAGCUCCUAGAUAUGACUCUAACUAUCCGUUUUUGUCAAACAGACUCGCAGAAGAUGCUAAGAUUUGUGCAUUAAUGGGAAACAUAAAUGAAUAUAAAUCAAAUUCAUCUUUAUUUUAUUGUGAAAAAUCUCGCAAAUUUAUAUCAAAACAUCGUCUCAUUGAUGGUAUUCAGGAUUGUUAUCAUGAUGAAGAUGAAAGUUAUACACAUAGUUGUUCAUUAAAUGAUACUCAACGUUUUAAUUGUACAUCAGAAACAAAAUGUUUAUCACCUCUAGGUAUUGGCUUUGAUUAUCCUCAAUGCAAAAAUGAAGAAGAUAAAUACAAAGACAAGCUAAAAAUAUCUGUAUAUGCACAACUAUGUAAUAGAAUAUAUCAUUACGCAGAAUUACCACCAGAAGAUGAUGGUGAAGACGAUGAAACUAAUUGUCAAUGGUGGCCUUGUCAUACACCGUAUACUCGAUGUGAUAAUGUUUUUCACUGUGCUCAUGGUAUCGAUGAACUGAAUUGUCCUAAUGUUAAUUGUAAUAUUGAUGAAUUUAAAUGUCAAAUUAUUGAUUCAACUAAUGAUUAUUAUUGUAUUCCUCAACAAUAUAUUUACGAAAAACCAAUCGAUUGUAUUAAUCAUGAUUUUAGUAAUAGUCUAUACCGAAAUAUAUUUUAUUCGAAUAAUUUAACUUUUAAUAUUAAUCGACAAUAUAUAUCAUGGAAAGAAAAGACUUGUUUAACAAAAAAUGAUAUUUGUGGUUAUCCAUCGACUAAUGAUCAACAAUUAAUAUGUAAUAUUGUUGAAAAAGAAAACAUUCGUUUUAACGCUGAUUCCUUAAUAAAUUUGUAUAAUAAUGGAACAUUAUGUCGCAUGGCAGAUCAUAGAAUCCAUGAAGGUUCUUAUUAUUUUUCUGCAUGGAAUUUAGGAUAUUUUCCACCAAUAAUAAAUUCAACAUCAUCAUCACCAUUACCGCAACAGUCUGUUAAUAUUAAGCCACAAAAACCUCUCGAAAUCAAUACUAAUAUUGAAUUAAUUGAAUAUUGUAAUCGUGGAAUUGUUAUAUUCAAAGGAAAAUCGCUUGAAAAGAAAUGUUUAUGUUUACCUAGUUAUUACGGUGAUCGGUGCCAAUGGCAAAAUCAGCGUGUUAGUUUAACACUUCAAAUACGUCCAUUAGGUUCAUAUGAGAAGAAAAUUUCUAUUUAUGAUAUAUUUAUUUAUUUAAUUGAUGAACAAAAUGAAAUAAUACAUAAUUAUGAAGAAAUAAAUUAUAUUCCAUCAAUAAAUUGUAAUACAAAAUACAAUCGUUAUUUACUUUAUCCCGAUCGACCAAAAAAUCUUAAUUAUACAUAUUCAAUCCAUAUUGAUAUUUAUGAAAAAAUAACAUCAAGUUAUUAUGGAAGUUGGAAUUUAUCUAUUCCAUUUCCAUUUUUACCAGUUAAUCGUAUAUCAACACAACUUCGUAUUCCAUUAGAAAAAUCUGAAGAAUUAACAAAUUGCUCAAUUCAAUGUGGAAACCAUGGACAAUGUUUUAAAUAUAUUAACUCAACAAAAGAAUUUUGUCAUUGUGAUCAGGGUUAUUCAGGUCGUUAUUGUAAUAUAACGUAUCAACAUUCUUGUUCAUUUGGUUCAACUGCUGUAAAUUCUUCAAUUUGUUUAUGUCCAUUAAAUAAAUUUGGUUCAAAAUGUUAUUUACAACAUAAAUAUUGUCAACCGAAGAAUAAUCCAUGUAGCAAUCAUGGUUUAUGUAUACCGAUGGAUGAUCGAAUAAAAAAAAAUGAUUAUAUUUGUUUAUGUGCUGAAGAUUAUAUGGGAUCUCAAUGUGAACAUCGAUCAAAUGAAAUUGGUAUUACUUUAAAAAUAAAUCCUAUACCAACAUUAGUCUUUGGUCAUUUUAUAACUGCAUUCAGUGAUAAAGACCACGAACGAACAUCGUCUUUUAAAAAAGUUCCAUUUGAUCGAGAUUCAAUUUCAUUAUUUAUUAAAAAACAAUUUCAUAUAUUAUUUAUUGAAUUUUCAAAGAAUUAUUAUCUUGCAGUAUUAAGAGAACAGUUUACUGAAGGUGAAUAUAUUUCUACUGAUAUUAAACCGGAUAAUACAUGUGUAAAUAUUACUAAACUUCUCAAUUCAACAUUACUUGGUUAUAGUAAUCUACGUCGAUUAAAAUAUUAUCCAUUACAAUGUGUAGAAAAUCUCAAAUUAAAAUGUUUUUAUGAUGAGAAAUAUAUGUGUGUUUGUGAUAAAAAUCGAUAUUCAAAUUGUUUUGAAUUUAAUCAUAAUACGUCUUAUGAUUGUCAAGGUAAUAAUUAUUGUGGAAAACAUGGCGAAUGUUUUCAAGAUAAUAUAACUUGUCCAUCAAUGUUAGUAUGUAAAUGUGAUAAAUGUUAUUAUGGAAGUACAUGUGAAUUAAAUACUAUAGGUUUUAGUACAUCACUUGAUGUUAUAUUUGGAUAUCAUAUUAAACCAUUUAUUUCAUUUACGAAACAAUCCACAGCAGUGAAAAUAACUGCAUCAAUAACAAUUCUAAUGUUAAUAUUUAGUAUUAUUAAUGGAGUAUUAUCUAUAUUAACUUUUAAAAGCGAAUCUUUACUUAAAGUAGGUUGUGGAAUCUAUUUAUUAACAAAUUCAAUUAUAUCGAUAUUAACAAUAACAAUAUUUACAAUUAAAUAUUUUCAACUGAUUAUUUUUCAAAUGAAAUCUAUAACAAAUACAUCAUUUAUUCAUUUUAGUUGUAUAUUAACUGAUGUCUUAUUAAAAAUUUUUCUUAGUUUUGGUGAUUGGUUAUAUACAGCUGUAGCUAUUGAAAGAGCAUUAUCUGCUAUACAAGGAGUACAUUUUAAUAAGUCAAAAAGUAUAUAUAUAGCUAAAUAUGUUAUACCGAUAAUAUUUUUAUUGAUAAGUAUAUCUUAUAUUCAUGAUCCAAUAUCUCGUCGACUAUUCCAUGAUGAUGAUGAACAAAGAACAUGGUGCAUUCUUGAAUAUUCAUCAAAUUUAAAAAAAUAUGACAAAUUUAUAAAUGUAUUUCAUGUUUUAACACCAUUUAUCAUUAAUAUAUUAUCUGCUAUAUGUGUUACAAUUCAAGUAUUUCGAAUACGUGUAAAAACAAAGAAAAAAUCAGCAUAUAAAAAAAUUCUUUAUGCUCAAAUUCAACAAAAUAAACAUCUUCUUAUAUCACCAUGUAUUUUAAUAUUAUUAUCUAUUCCUCGUUUGAUUAUUUCAUUUUUAUCUGGAUGUAUGGAGUCAGUACGUAAUCCAUGGUUAUACUUAACUGGAUAUUAUGUUUCAUUUAUACCACCAUUACUUAUUAUUAUAUUAUUUAUUUUGCCUUCAAAAACAUACAAACAAGAAUUUCUUUCUAUUACAGCAAAAAUAAUUUUUUUCUCAAAAUAA